AUGGGCAUUCUACAAAUGGUGCUGGAUUACGUUUCGAAGAAGAUAUUUGUUGGAGCUGGGGAGGAUGGGGCUAUUCCCGAAGACAGGGCAGAUGACCUUCUCAAGCAGCAUGACUUCACUAAGAGGUUACUUGAAUGGUUGAACAUUCUCGGAGAUCCUGCGAGCGCUGUCUGGGGCUCCAUUGCACAGCUGAAUAUGGAUUGGUGGAUUAUCCAGCGAUUGACGAACCUAGGCACCACAGGGGUCGAUAAACACUCUACAGGUGACGAGGUCGCUGACUGGUAUGACAAGGAAAUGCUGGGUGUGGUGGUCAUGGCUGGCCAGACAGCAAUGAACAAGUAUUUGGGAACUGCGCUGACGAAGCAACUCAUCAUCGAGGCUCUCAUGACAGCUGUCGAUGUUUUGACCUCAAGAGAUGGAAACUCAGCUCCAUCUCCAAGUCCUCUUGAUCGCACGCUGGUUGAUCUGAAGAAGGCUUUGUUAGAAUCAAAAGACAACAUGCAAUUUCUAGACCAUGUCGAUGACGAAGCAACACUGCGAGAGCUUUCGCUUCUUGCCAGAUAUCUCAUGCAAGGGAAUAUCGAUCCUUUGAACUUCUUGUACACGGCUUCUGGAAGGAUCAGAAUAUCAGGAUCUCAUACGACUUUGGGCAAUGCCAUAGAGACCGCUUUUCAGGCUCUCGAAGGUAUAAAUAGAGACUCAACUAUGUCUAGCCGAGCGCCAACACCUUCUACGUACUUUGAUAGCUCCUUUUCAGUAAAGAUCCGUAAAGCGAUCCGUACGAUCUUGGAAGCACGACGGACAUUCAUCACCGCCAUCGCACUACCCGUUGUCGUCCAUUUUGCCACGACUGCCCAGAUUUUCUACGAGUCUUAUCAGAAGAUGGGAGAUUCCUCGACUGCACACGGUCUGGCAUACGGUGCAAUGUUCUCUUGGCUUCUCCUUAUUGCAGUGAUCGGCAAUUGUGCAGUUGCCAGUGCAAACGCAGGUCUAAUUACGCAGCAAAUCAAGGGUGUCUUCAGGCUCUCGCGAAUUCGAGUCCCAUUGCGAGAGCGUUAUUCUAAUGCCCUGGAGUGGGAGUGCUGGCUCACUGAUAUCGGGCUCGAUACUGGGCUCAAGGAUAGAGUAGUGGUAGCGCGCAGCCAUCAGCCUACUCUUGAUACCAGGACUAUUGCGUUCAAGUGGUUCUAUGCCAAAUAUCUGGUUGGGCAGUUGGUGGGAUGGGUGACGGUGGCUUUCUUUUGCGGAUGUGCUGCUAUAAUUUCGUAUACAACGCCGACUGUAGGAUGGGGCUGCCGUUCUUUCAAUCAUUUGAUGUACGCAGUUCUGUCUCUGGUCGUUGCGUUACUGCAGGUUGCGAAACACAAGGCCCGGAAGAGGGAUGAGCAGAACCAUCUUAAUACCCCGAAGACUACCGGAAAGUCAGCCGAAGAAGGUGGAGCUAUUGUGGAAGUUUCGAAAGUCUCCGGAGAUACUCACCCGAGUGAGAAACUCCAAGCAGAGAUCACUCAGGUAGUUAAUCCAGUUCCCGAAGCAAACGCCAACCCAACUCCUCCUUCAAGAACCUCACCCCCUCACUGGCGUACUCGACGGCAGUAUCCCAAACCGGCACGCAGUCUCCUUACCAAAAUCAUCCGCGCCCUCUACAUCAUCUUCACAAUCCUUAAUUUCGCCCUCCUGAUUGUCGGCACAAUUCUCAACUGGGCAGGCGUCUACAACAGCUGCCGCUGCAAACACAUUUUCGGUCCCUCAGACCACCCAUUGGAAUUAGGAAGCAACACACAGCUGGCACUGGAUAUGGCGAGGAAGUAUUGGAAUAGCACGGGAUAUGUGGCAUAUCUGGUUGCGUGGUGUGUUUGUGCUAUUGCGGUGGUGGCGAGGAAGGUGCUGCAGGGACGGAUGGCUUUAGAGUUUAUGGAGGAGUGA